GCUCCAAACUCUAAGCCCUUACGCCACUCUCAACAAAAGAAUUCACUGAGUGAGCGGCGUUCCCCCAGUGAGGCUUGGACAGUGGCAACCGCCGAUUGGCAGUAAAGGGGGUUAACACCCCCUCUCCUGCUCGGAGCAAAGCUGGCACAGCCAAUCAAGGCGAGGACUGAUGGAAAAGACCCAAUCCUGGAGCCGGGCUGAGGGUGGGGGCGGGGACAAAUGGCCCAGGUGGACUCCGGGCUGGAGCUGUCUUGGAGGAGCUUUUUUGCUGCUGCUACUGCUGCUGUUGUUGCUGCGCUGGGAGUCCGGUCGUCAGAAAGCCCUCUCAGAGUUGAAGAGAGUCAUGAGCCGUUUCCUGAAUGUGUUACGAAGCUGGCUGGUUAUGGUGGCCAUCAUAGCCAUGGGGAACACACUGCAGAGCUUCCGAGACCACACCUUUCUCUAUGAAAAGCUCUACACUGGCAAGCCAGACCUCGUGAAUGGCCUCCAAGCCCGGACCUUUGGGAUCUGGACACUGCUGUCAUCAGUGAUCCGCUGCCUCUGUGCCAUCGACAUCCACAACAAGACGCUCUACCACAUCACACUCUGGACCUUCCUUCUUGCCCUGGGGCAUUUCCUCUCUGAGUUGUUUGUAUACGGAACAGCUGCUCCCACGAUCGGUGUCCUGGCUCCCCUGAUGGUGGCAAGUUUCUCUAUCUUGGGGAUGCUGGUUGGCCUCCGGUACCUGGAAGUAGAACCAGUAUCAAGACAGAAGAAGAGAAAUUGAGGCCAACAGUACCGCCACCGAGACUUCGUCUUCCACGUUUUACUUUCUUCCUUUAUUUUCUCUGCUCUUGAAUUGCUUCUUUUCUGAUCCAUCAUUAGCCCUUUUAUCCACUUCUAGCCUUUUACUUUUUUUUUUUACAUUUAAAAAAAUUUUUAAAUAUAACAUACACACAAAAAAGGUACGAUAUUUAUGUACAAUUAAAAAAAAUUUUUUUUAAGUGGACCCUGUAACUCCAGGUCAGGAAAUUGCCAGCACCUCAGAAGCCCAUUGUGUGACCUUCCCCCACCCUUACAUUUGCAACCUCUUCUAGGCCCCGUUUCCAGCCUUCUGCUUCUUCCCUUUUAUUUUUGCCCCUUGAUUUGCUUGUGUGGUGGGAACAUGUGAACUGGGAAACCUAAAGCUGCUGCCCCUCCCAGAGCAGCUGCCUCUGAGGGCUGUUCAAGGGGUCGCCCACCCAGAGUAGCCUCCUCUCUGCUGCUGGACCCAAGGCUCUGCACCAUCUGAGGAACAGGCAGCCCUUCCAAGAAGGGCUCCCCUGGGAGUGAGCAGACCCACGGCUCUCCUUAUCUACAGGUGGAUCAGGGUCAGAAGACUGUUUUUAGACCUUCUGGCCAGCUGUAUUUGUGUAACAGAUUUUGUAAUAAAUAGAAAAACCCUCUGA